UGGCGCCAGUGCGCAUUUAGAUCAACCAAGCCAAAGCUGGCAGAAGAUUCCAAUUGUGAUUGCUCGUAACAGCUGUCAACAAACAACACAGCAACCAACCAACCGACCAUGCUGGCUCUUGCGUUGGUGGCCAUUAGCUUCAUUGGCUUCAUCGUUCUCCGAUGGUGCCUGCGCCAUGGCGUGUGGAUCCCAUUCGGCAACGGGACGUGGGUGCGCCGGUGGUAUGCGCCCGUGAAGGAGUCGGAUGAGACACUGCAGCAGCUGCAGACAAACCUGCAGACGGUGUGCAAGGACUCCAUCGACACUGUGCUCGACUACCCCGUGCUCAUGGCAAAGACAUGCGAAGAGCUGCGCAAAGAGCUGCACAACAAGGUCAUCCUGGAAAUUUACUGCCAGAAGCAGCGCAAGGUCGUUGGCUUCCACAUGGCCUUCUGGUCCCGCCUCAACGUGCACCUCGGCCUGGUCAUGAUUGCCAAGUCCGCCCAGAAGCGUGGCCUGCAGAAGCUCUCCCUGUUCAACAUUUGCAUGCUCAUGUUUGACUGGUUUGCCUACCGCUUCCGCAUCAGCGACAUUGGCUACUCGUCCUCCGCUUUCAGGCUGUUCUCGUACACCAUCAACAAGUCCUAUCCCAACCUGUACUUUGACGUCAAGCCUGAGAAGUGGCACUACGAUAUUGCAAAGGAGCUGCUUGCCAAGCACCGCCGGGACAUGGGCGUGAGCGCAGAGGCCACGUUUGACCCCGUGCACUUUGUUGUCAAGGGCUCGAACAAGGCUGCCGGCGGCGGCGCCAACGCGCUGGUGCAGCACGUGGUGACGCGCAAGUCGCGCAUGGGCGUGGCUGCGCAGUAUCUGGACGACCUGCUGCAGCCCGAGGACGAGCAGCUGUACAUUGGCGACGGCGACAUCUUUGUCUUCCUCUACCGCAUGCUCCCUGUCGUGCCCAUGGUCUCCACAUACGUCCGAUACCUCAUCAUGUUUGCCAUCUUCGCCGUGCACAACUACCUCUACGCCAACGCGUCGUGGUAUGCCUCCACCGCCCUCAAGCUCAUGCGCUUCCGCCACCACAUCCGCGGCGCCGUGCCGCCCACGGACAAGCCCGCGCUGUGGGUGUGCAACCACUACUCGUACCUCGACGCGCUGCUCAUCCACGCUGCCGUCCCCGGCGUGCGCAUCAUCGCCAAGAAGGAUCUUGCCGACGAGAUGCCCAAGGGCAUGCUGCGCGACUUUAUGUUCCGCGUGUGGUGCCGCGGCGGGUUCAUGUGGUACGACCGCCAGAGCAAGGACGCCACCAUCCGCGAGCGCAUUGCAGAGGCCUUCAGGCAGGGCCAGUCUGUGGUUGUGUUCAGCGAGGGCACGUCCAAGCGAUCUGGCCCGCCGGGCGAGAUGCGGCCAGGUGCCGUCAAGAUUGCCGCAGACAACGGCGUGCCCAUCAUCCCCGUCGCCCUCAGGUACUCGUUCCCGAUUGGCGUGGCCAAGGGCGACAACGCGAUCCGCAACAUCAUGUCGAUUCUGCCCAUGCGCGGCAUUCGCUGCGGUAUCCGUUUUGGCCAGCCCAUCCAGCACCCAAAGGACAUUGACCAAGUCCGCGGGCGCGUGACGGAGCUGUGGCGGGAGCUUGCCGACGACAUGGUCUACCCCGUCCUCGAGAGCGCCGCCGUCUGAGACAACCAGCACCCCCGCUCGUUUGCUUGCGGCCGUGCUCUUGUUUGCUGAUGCAUGUGUGUGUGUGUGUGUGUGUGUGUGUGUGUGUGUGUGUGUGUGUGUGUGUGGUGCAGUGCCAUUGGCAACUGUUUUGUGUGGUGCCACUCUUUGAUAUGUAGACCUAAUGAUUGAGGCUUUUCGCGUGUGUGCGGGUGGGCGGUGGUGGCGUUAUCGUUUUCUUCAUGCCGAAUGCUGUUGUGUUGUUGUUGUUGCUUCGUGUUGUUAACGUGCUUCACUCCGCCAGCUGCUUUGCUGGUUAUCAUUUUUCCGUUGCUUCUCCCUCUCACAUAACCCCUCUCUUGCUCUCAGCACCCCUCUCUUUCUCUCUCUCUCUCUCUCUGUGAUUUGCUUCUCUCGAUAUCAUCCUCUCUUCUACCUCUGGGCGGUGUUGUUGUGUGCGUGUGGGCUGCUAACUUGCUGUUGUUGUCCGAACAAUACCGUGAAUUGUAAUUGCCCUCAUACCCAUCAAGCGAGCAGCCACAAC